GGGAAGGUUCUGGAAGGGCAUGGUCUCGGGGGAAGGGGUGUGGCUUUGGUCAGAAAGGGGCGGGGCUUUGACUGCCUGUCCCCAGCUGGGCCUUCACCCACUCCCCAAGUUUAUGCCGUACCUUUCCAAUGGCCACACCUCCUCCUGAGCAUCUGUUAGUCGUUCAUCCUACCAGCCCAACGUCCAGCAAGCGACGAGGAGUCGAAUUUUUCCCAGGAGGAUUAACGAGGGAAGAAGGGCGCCAGUGUCUCCGUGCGCUCCUGCGGUGGGAGGAGUUCGAUGAGGUGAGGGACCAAAGGCGCAGCAUAGAACUCGCAGCCGCCGAAGUGGGGAGGCAAAGGGAGGAGCUGCUGAAUGACAUCAGAGGCUUACCCGUUUCUCAGGCCAUCGGUGUUCUGCGGGAUAAACUCGAGGCGUGCGAGCCUACGCUGAGCUCCUGCCAAGCGUGCGUCUUGUGGGAAUACUUCCAUAACACGCUCCUCAGGCACUACCAGCUCUAUCAGUUUGUGCUGUGUCGGGAGAGAGAGGCCAAACAGACCUCUGUCCAUCUAGAAAUCUGCGUGCCACCGCAGCCCUUGCCGCUGAUGGCCGGUGUCAACGCUGAAGUCUGGCAGUAUCAGCAGCAGCUGGCAGCCUUGUCGGCUGCCGAGGCCCAGAAACGUACCAACAUGCUGCUUCUUCGAGAGACACUACAUCUGGAAAGAGAGCAUGUGUUGCAGAGAACAUAUGAUGAUCUGAAAUCACAAGCAGAGAUCCUGGACAGACAGGUUUUGGAGGCCCUGGUGAAAGAAGCCAUCGGGACCCAGAUGCAAGUUCUCCGUGACAUCCUGCAGACUGAGAUCCAGACCACCUUCGAGAUCCUGGAGCUGCGACUCCAGAAGAAGGCCUUGCUCCUCAGCCAGCCUGUCCCCUACCCCCCACCGCCCCUGCCUGUAGAGCGAGCCUGGAAGUCAUCCAAAGCCCAGCAGCCGAAAAAGAAGAAGUGAGGAGAUGGGGGGUGAGCACGGCCGUGGGCAGAAAUCCCCCCCGAGCGGUAAGACCCAUGGAUGGCGUCUUGACGGCCAUGCAACCUGCCCUGGGGUUUAGACACUCGCUCCCCAGCUCGGAGUCGGUUCGUUCGCGUUGCCAUGGCUGGGGAAGGGGGUCAGCGUGACGGAGGAGCUAUUAAUAUGGGGGAUGGAGUCACCAGAUGUUGCUAGCAUGGCCUGGGGGCUACAGCUUUAUUCUCCCCUUAAUAGCUUCCCGGUGCCUUCUGGAUUUGUCAGCGAACACGAAGCGACCUGUCUAAUAAACGUAUGACCUGACCCCU